AUGAGUGCGAGCACAGGCAUUGUUGGCGCAUUUCCGCCGCCAGACGGAAUUACUCCUAAUUUUGUGAAUCCGGACUACAUCGGAUAUCGCAUUGUCGUCGUGGCCCUCGUCUUCACCACACUCGCAUUUGCAUUUCUAUCGGUUCGAUUAUACACAAAACGCUUUGUGAUAAGGAGACUUGAACUCGAUGACUGCGAAGUUCUAACUCUUGUUGCCGUAUUCCAAGGCUUUUUCCCUGUCGUACGCAACGUUGUCAAUUUAUCGUCAACCAGAAAUGGCGUUGGCGUUCACAUCUGGGAUGUUCCCCUUGAGAAUUUCAAGACGUUCAUGCGCGCAGGUCCUCUCGAUCCGCAGUAUCUUCUGGGGUCCAUUUUUGGUGGCACAUCCUAUAGCCUCGGAACGCUUUUUAUCAAGGUUUCGGUCUUGCUACUUUACCUCCGACUCUCGGCCCAUCGAGCUGUCCGGAUCGUCAUAUACAUCACCAUGAUCGUCGCUGUCAGUUAUUGUAUGUUUGGAGCCCUCGCCACCUUUUUCGUGUGUACACCGAUGAAACGAUACUGGGAUUUCUCCGUCCCAGGGACAUGCAUUAACAUUAGUGCUAAUUUCGUCGCAUUGGCGGCAUUCAAUGUUGGGACAGAUGUGGUUAUGUUGCUGCUGCCGAUUUGGCUGCUAGGGCCGUUGAAGAUCCAGAAACGACAGAAAAUCGGCGUCACACUCAUAUUGAUGAUCGGAUCUUUCGUGUGCAUCGUGAGUAUACUCAGACUGGCAUUUAUUUUCCCGGGCCUAACGCAAAUGGAUACUACAUGGCAUUACGUUGACAACAUCAUCUGGAUAAUUCUUGAGAUGUAUGUUGGUGUAAUCUGCGCCUGCCUACCCAGUCUCAAGGCCCUCAUAAAGCACUACUUCCCAGAAUUCUUCGACGGUAGCCAUGUAGGACUCGGACGUAGAAUACCAUCUUUUGAUGUUGCUACGCCUUUCCCACAACAGCGGGAGGAUUCAUCGAAUAUCUUCGAAGGACAGAAAAGCACCAAUGCCGGCACUAGUGUACAACUGAAGAGCUUAGCCACCAGCUCGGAAGAUGGUGCAUGCGACAAAAGGAAUCCAGUUCGCUCUUCUAUUGCGUAG